CUGCCUAUAAAACCUGCCCAUCUGCUACAUUUCCUCUCGGUUUAAGACACCAAAGAAACCAAGUAAACAAAGAAAUAUUUCCCUAUUCUCUCACAAAUCCUGCAAAAAAUUGUUUUUUUUAGCUAAAGAAAAAAAAAAAGCCUAGCAAUGGUGGCCGUCGAUGUUAAGGAGAAGAACAGUGGAAGCAGUCUUAAGUUUCUAUGCAGUUAUGGCGGCAGAAUCCUCCCUCGUUCUACAGACGGGAAGCUCCGUUACGUCGGAGGUCAUACCAGAGUCCUCUCCGUCCAUCGUUCCAUCUCUUUCGAAGAGCUAAUCAAGAAACUAUUCGAAUUCUGUGGAUACUCCGUUGAUCUACGAUGUCAAUUACCUAACGGAGAUCUCGAGACUCUAAUCUCCGUCAAAUCAGAUGAGGAUCUAGCCAACAUCGUCGAGGAGUACGAUCGCGUCUCCGGAGCCAAGAUCCGAGCCGUUCUAUCGCCUCCGAGAGCGCAUAGACAGGGAUCUCCGUCGUCUUCAAGCAGCGAUCGAUCUCCCAAAUCUCCGUUCUCGGUCUCGCGUUCGCCGUUCUCCGUUACGCCUUCCCCGCCGAACUCGCCGUCGUCGGCGUACGGGAGAUAUUUACAGUCUCGGUAUUGUCUGCCUCCCACGGAUCUCAGUAGAAGAUCAAAUCACAGAUACGGAGAAUCAUAUUGCUAUGCGUGUCGUGGACAUAAAAACUCUAGCCUCAUCCGGCAUUGACAAAAAAAAAAUUGGAAUUUACGACGAUGAUGAAGAAAACAAAUAAAAAUAAAUGAAAAAAUUUAGGUUAUAGUUUUUAUACGAUGUGAUUGUUUAUGAAGAGAAGAAUGAAAUGUUUCCUUUCCAUUAACGGUCAGAGACUUGGUCUGACCACCGGAGAAAUUAGUUUAGACGGAGAACGAGAUGGAACAUUCGUCCGGGACCGUUACGAACCGUUAAGAGUUGCCGUUGCCACGUGUUUUCACGUACGACGUUCUUUUUUAUAUACGUGAUACGUGGCGAAUACUGUGAGACCGUAUAUUGUUGUCUAUGUCAGGGAUGUUUGACGCGUGUAGGCUAGUGGAUUCGUUUAUUAACACGUGGCAGCCGUCCGCACAUACGAGGCUUUCUGUAUUUUGGUUUUGGCCUCUUUGAUAAUGAUCAUAGAAUGAUAGAAGUAAAGUAAAUUCUUUCAUGUCUGUUGAAGUUUAUUUUUAAUUGUUUUCUAAUUUGUUAACAUUCGGUUUCUUUUUA